AUGGAGAUCGCUAACGAACCACCGCCUUCCCUCGACGGAAGCCCUACCGCCGCCAAUACGCUCGCGAACUCUCCGUCAGCCUCUUCCACGUCCUCUUCCUCUUCGUCUCCACGCGGCUCCAAGGGAAAGGAGAUCGAAGCCACCACAUCGACGGCGCCGCCACCUGCUAGGUACGACGAUGAUGACGAAGAUGAAGAGGAUGUUUGCCGGAUUUGCCGGAACCCUGGGGAAACCGACAAUCCUCUCCGGUAUCCUUGCGCGUGUAGUGGUAGCAUCAAGUUUGUGCAUCAAGAUUGUCUUCUUCAGUGGCUUAAUCACAGCAACGCUCGCCAAUGCGAGGUCUGCAAGCAUCCAUUCUCCUUCUCACCUGUGUAUGCAGAGAAUGCUCCUGCUAGGCUGCCUUUUCAAGAAUUUGUGGUUGGAAUGGGGAUGAAAGCUUGUCAUGUCUUGCAAUUCUUUGUGCGUCUGAGUUUUGUGCUAUCUGUGUGGCUCUUAAUUAUACCUUUCAUAACAUUCUGGAUAUGGCGGUUAGCUUUUGUGAGGAGUUUUGGUGAAGCCCAGAGGUUAUUCUUAAGCCAUUUAUCGACAGCAGUUAUUCUGACUGAUUGCCUCCAUGGUUUCCUGCUUUCUGCAAGCAUUGUCUUCAUUUUUCUCGGGGCCACUUCUUUGAGAGAUUACUUUAGGCAUUUGCGAGAAAUUGGGGGACAGGAUGCUGAUAGAGAUGAUGAAGUUGACAGAAAUGGUGCUCGAGUUGCUAGAAGGCCUCCCGGGCAAGCUAACCGUAAUGUUAAUGGUGAUGCAAAUGGAGAAGAUGCUGGUGGAGCACAGGGAGUAGCAGGAGCAGGUCAAGUAAUUAGAAGAAAUGCUGAAAAUGUUGCCGCACGAUGGGAGAUGCAAGCAGCACGGCUUGAGGCUCAUGUUGAACAGAUGUUUGAUGGUCUGGAUGAUGCUGAUGGAGCAGAGGAUGUUCCCUUUGAUGAACUUGUUGGCAUGCAGGGUCCUGUUUUUCAUUUGGUUGAAAAUGCAUUUACUGUGCUGGCAAGCAACAUGAUUUUCCUUGGUGUUGUAAUCUUUGUGCCCUUCUCAUUAGGCCGCAUCAUUCUUCAUUAUCUAUCAUGGUUCUUUUCAACUGCUGUUAAAAAUGUAUCAUCUGAUACUCAAGAAAGUGGGUCAAUUGGUCAGAUUGCAGAAAUGCUAAAAGUGAAUGCAAGUGAAUUGAGUGAAAUGUCAAACAAUAUAAGUGCAUCUGUUUCAGCUGAUAUCUUAAAAGGAGGGUCGGUAGGAACUUCCAGGAUAUCUGAUGUUACUACUCUGGCUAUUGGAUAUAUUUUCAUAUUGACUCUAAUUUUCUGCUACUUUGGCAUUGUUGCCUUAAUUCGUUACACAAAGGGCGAGCCUUUGACGGCAGGAAGAUUUUAUGGCAUUGCUUCUAUAGCAGAGACAAUUCCAUCUCUUUUCAGGCAGUUUUUGGCAGCAAUGAGGCAUUUGAUGACCAUGAUGUUUGGGAAAACAAUGGCUCACAGAGCUCAGUUCUUCGCUGCCUCUCCUUUAGCAAGCUCAUUGAUGCAUUGGGUUGUAGGGAUUGUAUACAUGCUACAAAUUAGCAUAUUUGUCAGCCUUCUUAGAGGGGUUUUGCGGAAUGGGGUUUUGUACUUCCUUCGAGAUCCCGCUGAUCCAAACUAUAAUCCAUUCCGUGAUCUGAUAGACGAUCCUGUGCACAAACAUGCUCGCAGGGUUUUGUUAUCUGUUGCAGUUUAUGGGAGUUUGAUUGUGAUGCUGGUAUUUUUGCCAGUUAAACUUUCAAUGAGGAUGGCACCUUUCAUUUUUCCACUUGAAAUAUCGCUAUCUGAUCCCUUCACCGAAAUUCCAGCUAACAUGCUUCUCUUUCAGAUCUGUAUACCAUUUGCUGUUGAGCAUUUUAAGUUGAGGACAACUAUUAAAUCCCUACUUCGCUAUUGGUUUACGGCAGUUGGUUGGGCACUUGGUUUAACAGAUUUCUUACUGCCUAGACCCGAUGAUGAUGGUAAUCAAGAAAAUGGAAAUGGGGAGCGAGGUAGGCAGGAAAGGUUACAGAUAGUACAAGCAGGGAUACACGAUCAGGGUAUGAUGCCAUUUGCAGGUGAUGAUUUGAACAGAGUCACUAAUGCAGAUGCUGGAGAGGAUUAUGAAAAUGAUGAACAAUCUGAUUCUGACAGUUACGCCUUUGUGCUUCGCAUUGUUCUUUUACUUGUCAUUGCUUGGAUGACUCUCCUUGUCUUCAACUCUUCCCUGGUAGUUGUACCAAUAUCACUGGGAAGGGUGCUUUUCAAUUCCAUUCCUCGUCUUCCUAUAACUCAUGGCAUUAAGUGCAAUGAUCUGUAUGCCUUCAUCAUUGGAAGUUAUGUGAUCUGGACUGCUGUUGCUGGAGUUAGAUACUCAAUCGAGCAAGUUAGAAAAAGGAGGACUUCCGUUUUGUUGAACCAAAUAUGGAAGUGGUGUAGCAUUGUUAUGAAGAGUUCUGCACUUUUGUCUAUAUGGAUAUUUGUCAUCCCAGUUCUUAUUGGGCUUCUUUUUGAGCUUUUGGUCAUUGUGCCAAUGAGAGUUCCAGUGGAUGAAAGUCCAGUAUUCCUCCUUUAUCAAGACUGGGCAUUAGGCCUUAUAUUUCUCAAGAUAUGGACUAGAUUGGUUAUGUUGGACCACAUGAUGCCUCUAAUGGAUGAAAGUUGGCGGGUAAAAUUUGAGAGGAGGUAUGUUUCCAGUACUCGGAGAUUUCACGUCUGGUUCACAAAUCUCCACAAUUCAAUACGCGAUGACCGAUAUCUUAUUGGCCGGAGGUUGCAUAACUUCGGGGAACAUGUUGAGAAGGCAAAUGAAGCAGAAGAUUCUACAGUUGUGCAGGAUACUAUUUUACUGGGUACAAAUGUAAAUCAACAAGAUCAAGAUGCAGAUGUUGGACUACGGUUGAGGCACAUAAAUCAACAGGCAGGCUGA